AUGCUGCUCCUCGCCGGUGCUCUGCGUGCGGCGACGGUGCCCGGUUUCUCUCGGGCCGUCGCCGUGCUGUCUUUCACUGUUGCGCUGGCCACCCAGCCUGCCCGGUUUGUUCUCCAGCGCCGCCCGCCCCUCAGUAACUCAUCUGCAAACUGUUGGUCCCAUCUUCAUCCUAUUAACAUGUUCAACAAUUAUAAUGUGAAGUUCUACCACAGUGAAGCUCUCACCUCCCCAUAUCCAGGAUCACAUGUUGAGCGUAACCAAGUUCCUGAAGAUAAAGUGGACUGGCUGAUUGAGUGGAAAGAUUAUAAUCCUGUGGACUACACUGCAGUGUCUGUUUUGGCUGGACCCAGUUGGGCAGAUCCCCAGAUCAAUGAUAAAGGUUUUUCUCCCAAGUUCAAUGAGAGAGAUGGAGAAGUGGAGAGGAGGAGUCUGAACGGCUUGUAUGUGGUUGAAAAUGGGAGACCCCGAAAUCCGGUGGGAAGGACUGGCCUCACAGGCAGAGGAUUGUUAGGGCGCUGGGGACCAAACCAUGCUGCUGAUCCUAUUGUAACUAGGUGGAAGAGAGACAGAGGUGGCAAUAAAUUGGUUCAUCCAGUUUCUGACAAAAACAUCUUACAGUUCGUAGCUAUCAAGAGGAGAGACUGUGGGGAGUGGGCCAUUCCAGGGGGGAUGGUGGACCCAGGGGAGAAGAUUAGUGCUACCCUGAAGCGAGAAUUUGGGGAGGAGGCCUUGAACUCCUUGCAGAAAUCGCCUGAGGAGAAAGCAGAAUUGGAGAAGCAACUCCAUGAGCUGUUCAGUCAGGAACACUUUGUGGUGUACAGAGGAUAUGUGGAUGACCCUCGUAACACUGAUAAUGCCUGGAUGGAGACAGAGGCUGUGAACUAUCACGAUGAAACCGGUGAGAUAAUGGAUAAUUUGCCUCUGGAAGCAGGAGAUGAUGCUGGAGUAGUGAAGUGGGUUGACAUCAGUGAGAAGCUCAAGCUGUAUGCAAGUCACAGCUACUUCAUUAAGCUUGUGACUGAGAAAUGGGGAGCCCACUGGAGUGAGGAUCCUGGUCCUGAGAGCUGAGAGUGAUGGAAAUGAGGAACUGAUGGACACUGAGGGGAGAACACGUUUUCCAGCUUUGAAACAGAUGACAAUGUCCUCUUCAGUGGAAAUUCAGCUGGCAAAAGCACUUGGCAGUGAUAGAGGCUUUUUCAGAGACUUCAGAUUGCUGCUUUCGAUUUCUCAGCUAGUG